CCAUGUCCGUGACAUUGUAUGUGAAGAACGAGGCGCACUCGGUGCCACUGCAAUUUGACGUCCACGAUAGCAUUGCUGCUGUAAAGGCAGCAUAUCAAAAGAGCGGCAAAGUUCUCGGUCGCGCGGAUUACAUUGUGUUGUUGCAUAAAGGCAAGGAGCUUCAAGAUGAGAAGUCGAUUGCAGAGCAUGGCAUUUCCGAUGGUGCCGUUCUCGUACACAUCGAAACCCUUCAUGAACCGUUCCACGGCGUGAACUACGAACAUCUCGCGGAUGCUAUCAAGCAGCGCCGAAUGCAUGAACACUCCAAUUUGCGCAUGAUGCAGCAAGACAAUAUUUGGGCUGCAGGUGAAGAUGGAACGGUUCACCAGCUUGGCUUUGAUAAGAGCAUUAUCUCGCGCAUGUCGACAAAGCCAAGUGCGCCGCCACCGUCGAAAGCAAGCGGUCGCACGUUUUUUAACCAACUGUCCGUCCUCGUGAAUGGUUGCAGCUACCACGUCCUCCCAAGCAUGGAAGGGCGGUGGAACGGUGAGCUGACCUCGAUUCCUCCACAUGACGAAGGCACACAAGUGUGUUCGUCGGAACUUGUCUAUCGUGAAGAAGGCGCGUGGCACUUGCGACAAAUGCGCACUUCCAUCAGUGGGCUCUCAACUACGCAGUAUUGCUGGAUCAAGCCGGCCGCCGAUGGCAUUUUGAAGUUGGAAACAGACGACCCGAGCUUGCGUGGCAGCGACAUCACGAUGCAGGAGGUCGGGCUCAACAUUUUGAUCAUCACGGCCACUUCCAAGCGCACAGGUCGCCCAGUGUUGGUGGAAACAAUCACAUCGAUCGACAACGCUCGCCGCCUGCGCACCGUCCAGCGCUUCGACGAGACGGGCGGGUUCCGGUCGGUAUACAUCAUGAAUGAAAAGCGCGUGGUGGAUGCCGUGUCCGGCGCCAUGGAGCGAUUUGAUGCCUCCAACAUGGGGUUUUAGCAAUGAUCGCAUAUAUGAAUGACAAGACAUCGUAGCAAAGUGUGGACUCUUCAUCAUGCGUGUUGGCGUUGCUGGUGGGAUGAGAAGCGAUUCUUGAGGGAGUCACACGGAUCCAUGCGUCCUAGUGAGGGUUCGCCGACGCAUAGAGGAAUCCGUCUUCGACAUGAGGGAGUGGCGUACAUGCAUCUUUGGAAUGUACCGACGUAGCAAGUGUCGUACCAGGACGGGACUAGGA